CAUGAUUUCAUUAAAAACCCGUUUGUUUAUCGGCUAGGGUACGCUACAACUGUACCAAAGCUAAUUUUAUCUCUUUCAAACCCUUGUAAUUGCUUCAAUCCAAACAUUUUUGUACCUUUAGAACGUUUUUCCCGCCGAUAAGUUAUUUUCUUAAGAUGAUAUUUCAAAUAAAGCUAAUAUCACAGAACUUGUGCAGGUCUGACUACGUGUAUAAAUAAUAAAGUUUAACUUUUCCUCUCAAAUGUAAAGUAAGGAUCGACCAGUAUGUUUCUAGAAAUGAAAAGUUCUCUCAUUACAGUAGAUAUUAUUAAAAGAUUUACAGAGUUGUUUUAUGAAAUUUAUCCAUACCCUAUGUGUAAAAAAAAAGAGAUGACAGUUAAAUAUUUACUAUGACGGUUGCUAUCUGAUACAAAAUGUCACAAAAAAGCAAAUUUUGCAAAAACAAUAUCGUCACGUCAAUGCAAGGAAGCUGGUAACUGCAUCGAAAUAAAUAAGCAUAUUUUGCGCUGAGAUGACAUGAAUGUUUUAAUCAAUGACGUGUAUAAAAAUGUUAGUGCCUUACUUGGUGAUAAAAAUCCGACAAAUUUGAAAAUUAUAACUGGCAUAUGUAACUCUGUAGUAUAAGUCUGUCCUACCUUGACCGAUACAAUAACCCAACUUGCAGGUGUGUGUUAAUUAUUGAAUUAAAACAGACAAUGCAUCCGUCCAGUUAAACUAACUUUAUAUCUUGUUGCCAUAUGAAAUUAUACUUUCCUGUGUAUCAAAUGAGGCCAUACUUAACGAUCACAUGAAAGUAGUUUAUACUGUCGCAACAAACCUCUUUCAAGUCCAAAAGUGAUAACUUCACAAUAUUUGUCACCGAUAUGGAAUUAAGGACUUGCUUGUUUUUUAGUUAAAAGUUAAUCUAUAUACGUCAACACAGGAAAAUAUAAUGUAACAUAAAAACAAAACAAUUCAUUUAAGACAUUGUGAGUCAAUAAAAGAAUGCAUGAAUUAAAUUAUUAUCUAAAGUCGAAACUACAGCGCUUAUAUUCUUAACGCUACUCAACAAACUGGGUUUACUGUACUUUUGAAUACUUAAAGUCAAAAGGUAGCUUUGUAAAGAACUGUUUUUAAAAAGUCAUCACCAGAUGUUAAUGUAAUGUAAAUGGCAAAUGUUCCCAUAAUGAAUAUCAGGUCCUAUCUAUGUGAUCAAAAUAUGAUAAUACCGGUAUUGCGAUAAUUUCAUUCUCUAUUAAAUGGUAUACUUAUAUUGAAUUUUCUUAACCACCCCUUGGCAUAUACAUACACCUAAACCUGAUUCUACAGUUUUCAUUCCUUCGCUUCAUUCAGACUCAUACAAGAUGUUUUGUGCUGCAAUUUUCUGCUUUUUAAUUUUAAAUUCAAAUCCCACUUUCGGGACUGAGCCACUAUGUUCCCGGUUUCAUUACGAGGAACAAACGUUAGAAAAGAUGAUCAGGCAGGAAAUAUUUGUAGAGAAAAUGAAAGAUGACAUUGACGACUCUAAACAGCAAGUAGUGGACGCUGUUGUAGACUUGAAGAAUGAGAGAAACAAGUUUGCAGCGGAAUUUGAAAGGUUGAAAAAUGACGUUGAAACAAUGAAAGGCAACCUUGAAAAUGCAUUGGAGCGUAUCCAAUCACAAACUGUAAAAGUCAUUCAGGAUAAUACUGCAGAAAUGGAAACGUUAAAAGGUUCUGUCGUCACACAUAUCGUCGCAUUCAAAACUAACGUUGUGUCUGACAAGUCAUUGCGCGACAGCAAGGUUAUAAUAUUCUCAAAGAAUAUAUUUAACAUGGGUGAUGCUUACGACAAUGCAACUGGCAUCUUCAAAGCACCAGCUGGAGGUGUCUACCUUUUCACGACGCAGAUAUGUUUAUCUACCCGUACCCAUUCGUACUUCGGCAUCACUUUGAAUGGGGAACUUAUCUCUCAAUCUCUGCUCGGAGACUAUCAGUGGUCUAAUUGCUAUACAAUGGAUGCCAUUGUUAAAGUCAACAAGGGCGAUGACGUUUCGAUUAAAUGUAUUGGCUCUUGUGGGAGUAGUGAGAGUUUGUGGAAUAAUCUUCGUUACGCCACAAGUAGCUUCUCGGGUGUACUCGUCCACAAAGUUAUCCGUUGAAAUAUGACUGUAAUGGAAGUUAUCCGUGUGUAUGGCCUGUUUUGUUGGAUAAACUUUGAUUCUGUGACGACAACAAAAUUUAAUAUUGAUAUUUUGAAUUACUAAAUGCCUAACAAAAUCUGGUUUAAUCAUAUGCACAGGUUAAAAAUUUAUCACAGUGUUAAAGUUACAUAAUAUCAUAAGAAAUAGCUUAUUUAGUUAUUAUAACGCCCCAACUAGUAACCAAUAUGGUCCGCUUUGUUCCUCAUUUCUGAUCAGAUGUUAAGUACUUUCAAUAAUUAGCAUUGUUUUAUGUGUUUUUUCUCUCCAUGCUUCACAUCAUGUUGACAUUGCUUAUGUUUAAAUUUUAAAGGAAAGAGAUAGAAUGUCGUGCCGUGCGCUCGAGAUAAGAUGUCGUGUUCACGAGAUAUGAUGUUGAGCGCUCGAGAUAAGAUGUCGUGCGUUCGAGAUAAGAUGUCGUGCGCACGAGAUAAGAUGUCGUGCGCACGAGAUAAGAUGCCUUACGCUCGAGAUAAGA